AUGACGCGAAUGCUGAACCACUCGUGCGAUGCAGCAUGUCACUUUGUGGAGAUGAUUAACCGCGCGAACGUUGUGGUGAUGGUGGUGGCGAAGCGCACGAUUGAAGAGGGAGAAGAGGUGACUGUCGACUACGUGGACCCAUGGUUUGGUGAUAUGGUGCGCAUUGCGUUGUACUGGUUUGAUAACCUUCCGUAG